UGGUUCUCUCAUCCUGGUGCAUCUCAGCCUUCACCUGCACUUCGUGUUUGGGGGGCUGCUAUGAAUGGUACCUUUCCAUGGCUUUCAAGAAAGCAGGGCAGCUGCCAUCAAGACGAUCGUUCUCCAUGUACUGCUGUGCUUACUCACUUUCUACACCAUCUAUUACAUGAUCGGAAGUGUUUGCUGCGGGAUGUUCAGGCUUAACUCCUUCGAUGCACAUCUCCCUUUUGAAUUUAAAACGGAGCCAUCGUACUCAAACCCCAACUAUCUGGUGAAUGUCAUUUCCAUGGAGAUCACCUUUUUUAGCAGUGGCCUCUUCUUUGCUAUGAUGCUGAAACGGUGGGUUUGGGACUAUGCCCUCACAGUCACCUCCAUCCACUUGCUGUUGACCUGGGCAGUGAUGGAAGAAUUUCCUUUGGUUUGGCAAUGGUGGCUGGCACUUGCAGGGAUCCAGAGCCGCUUAAUAUCAUUCUCCUCAACUUUAUCUUCACACCAACAACUGCAUGAAGCAGGUUAUAGCGACCGGCCAAGGGUUACCCAGGAAACUCCCAUAGUAGAGUGGGGAUUCGAACACAGGUCUCCCAGAGUCUGAUCUCACACAUUCACUGCUAUAUGGCACCACUCGCACUAAUUUUUAUUAAAAUAUAUACUACAGAUUCCCAGAAACCUUCCGAAGGGGCUCUGAGAAAUAAAAUAUUUGUAAUAUACUCAAAAUACUUUGUAAAGUAUAUUUAUUUAAAACAUUUGUGUCAAUAAAAAUAUUGCAACAUCUCGA